AUGAAGAAAGACAGGCAAAAUUAUUAUUUUAUAGUUGUGAAUAAGACAGGAGGUUUAUAAUUCUUUUCUCAACUAAAAGAGUAGUAUAGAGAAGAAUAAGAUAAGAUAACUACAAAUUAAGUUUUAUAAGCUUCUUCAAUAUUUUAUGCAAUUGAUCAUCUUACUUAAACAAUAAUUCCAGAAGCAAUAUAAAAGAUAGAAUAAGAGAAGGAUAAGGAUUUUGAAAGAGAUAAUGCAAUAGAUUUAUUAAUAACUGAGAAUUAUAUGGUUUCAACAUUGAAAACUUUGACAGGAUUACGUUUUUUGGUUAUUUCAAGUAAAAGAUGAUCUAAAGUAUUAGAUAAAAAUUUGGAAGUACCGAAAAAGCAUGAAGACAAUGUUUAAAAGAUGAGACAGAUUUAUAGAUUGUAUACAGAUUAUUUUUCAAAAGACCCAUUUCAAUCAGAUGAUUAACCAUUAGGAGAAAAAAAAAGAGUGUAAUUUGAUAGGGAUGUUAGGGAAUUAUUAGAUUUUUGA